AUGAAGUCCUCCCUUCUCGCUACGGCGGCUGCCCUCUGGGUGCGCCAUGUCUCCGGCCAGGCCGCCAUGAUGCGCUUCCAGUGCAGUCAACUGGUCAUUGAGCGUCUCGAUCCUCUCGUCAAUCCUGGCGCGUUGCAGUCUCCUCAUCUGCACCAGAUCGUGGGAGGUAACUCGUUCAACGCCAGCAUGCCUCCAGGAGAGUACGAUCCUUCCACGCAGUCAACAUGCACGACCUGCUCCUUCUCGGAGGACUUUUCCAACUACUGGACGGCCAACGUAUACUUCAAGGCCAAGAACGGUAGCUUCAAGCGUGUGCCACAGAUGGUCAACCUGGGGCUCAGGGGCAAGGGUGGCGUGACAGUCUACUACAUCCCACCGUACGAUGGCAAGACGAAGGUCACAGCCUUCAAGCCAGGCUUCCGCAUGCUUGUCGGUGACCCCAGCCUCCGCAACCAGCGCGGCAUGCAAAAGCAGAUCUGCCACCGCUGCGAACACAACAUUGAGCAGAACCCCUUCGGUGGCGCGCCCUGCACGGGCGAAGACACCGCCUCCUUCCCCAACAAGAUUUGCCCUGGCGGUAUCAGGACUACCAUCACAUUCCCCACCUGCUGGGAUGGCAAGAAUGUUGACAGCCCGGACCACAAGUCCCACGUCUCUUAUCCCCAGACGGGUUCUUUCGAGUCGACCGGACCAUGCCCCGCUAGCCAUCCUGUCCGCUUACCGCAGUUGAUGUACGAGGUUAUGUGGGAUACCAGACCAUUCAACGAUAAGAGCAUCUGGCCUGAGAAGGGGCAACCUCUUGUGUACUCGAUGGGUGACGGUACCGGUUAUGGCCAGCACGGUGACUACGUCUUUGGCUGGAAGGGCGAUUCCUUGCAACGUGCGCUUGAUGCCAGGUGCAGCGGCGAUAGGUGCAGUCAGCUCAAGACUCAGAGUGCCGAGCAAGCCGUUGCUUGCUUGAAGCAGCAGACGAUUGCGGAAGAGACCGAGGGCUGUAAGUUUAACCUUGCUAGGGGUUAA